AGGUAGCCGUAAAAGGGUUACAAGGGACAAAAAUUAAGAACAACAAGAAAGAGGAUGAACGCGUCACGUCAAAAAGAAAUACUCGAAGCAAUUCAGAGGGAAGAACAGGCAUUGAGAAACCAAAAAAACGCGUAUGAAGAGGAACUGAUGACGAGGGAGAAGAUUGAUCAAGAAAUGCUGAAACAGGCCUAUGAGAAUAAAAAUCACAUCGAAGAAACAAUAUUUGCAGAAAUCGACGCGUUGAAAGAGAAGAAUGUACGAUUUCAAGAAAAGUGUCAUAACGAGAGGAAACAAUUUGGACUGAAAAUCUGGAAGACCGUGGAAGAGAACAACGCCGAUGUUUUGAACGAAAUGCAGAGAACCAAUGAAAUCAAGUUGGGUAAUCAACAAAAUAAAGUAGAUCGUGAAUUACGAAUGCAUGCGCUAGAACAAUGGACUCCGGAAACAAAGGUGUACGUCGGCAAUGAACUGAAGAAGGACAGAAAAGAAGCUGUUUUCAUUGUUGCUGUCAAGAGAAUAGUAAGCGCUGGACAAGAUCUUACAGACGAAGUCGACUCUUUGGCGGAUCACACAUUUGAACUAACAACCGGAUGUAAACGAUCGGCAUUGGAAAGCGAUAUUGGACUAUGUGAGCAUAUUGUUUCCAUGAUCAUCAGCAAAAUAGCAGAACUACAAGAUAGGUGCCUGGAGAUAUCAAUUUUCUGUACCACAGAUCACACCAUGGUUAAACCAGUGCAGAAAAACGCUGAAGAGAUUGGAAAGUCUGCACGGGAGAUUCUAAUGCAUUUAGAACGAUUUCAAGUUUCGUUGUCGGACGAUCCGAAUACCAAUUCGAUAAAACUUUUUGAAAGCGUUCAAACCAAAAAUGACAGACUGAAGAGAAUGAUUAAAUUGAUCCCAGAUGUCACUGAAACCAAUUAUGCAGUGACGUAUUUGAAAAAACGAAUAGAAAAUGGGAUGGAUCUUUAGAGUUUUGCACCAAAGGACAAAGUUCAAACUAAUCUGGAGGAUUGAAAGAAAACAUCUUAAUUGUCUUUUCAACUGUGUUAUAAUUGGUUUGUUUUUUCUCUUUUGUUCUCAAUAAAUUUGCUGACUGAGC